AUGCGCGCGCGCUCGAGCGCGACGACGACGCGAUGCGUCGCGCGCGAUCAACCGUGUCGCUCGCGCGCGACGCCGCGACGGAUGACGGGCGCGAAGAACCGGCGCGUCGUCCCGCGCGAAGCGAUCGCCACCGACGGCGACGAACAACGAUCGCUCGAGUCCCUGGCGCCGCGCGAGGGAGAGAACGCGUACGGAGAGGCGUGCACGGAUACGAUGUGUCGUUCGUAUGACGUCAACUUGCGAGCGCACGCAAAGGUGCGAUCGGCGGUGGAUGAGCGGAAGGAUGACGCGUCGUUGAGCCUGGACGCGUACAUGCGGCUUCCGGUGUCGCAGUACGUCGACGUGCCGCUUCCGCUCGGGGCGACGAUGGAGAAGGUGGGCGGUGGAGGGAACGAAGAUGGAUCUGGUGCGGCGCCGAGGUCGAGGGACGAGGAGUUCCGGUUGUCGAUCCCAGGAUUGAAGUUUUUGUCGCUGGAGGUGGCGCCGGUGAUCGACGUGCGGGUGCGGUGCUUGGAGAACGACGAACAGGUGGAGACGUGGCACGGACGGACGUGGGAUGAAUCGCAGGAUAGGGAGAAAGAGAGGCCCGAGACGAUGGGGGUGGUGAUCAAGGGUCCGUGCGUUUUGAUCGAGGUGAUCCGAGCGCGCGUGGAAGGGAAGACGUGCGAAAGUUUGGGAUUGAACGACAUGUUCGUCAAUCGAGGGACGACGGCGUUUAGAUGGCGUUCGUACGGUGACGGCAGCUUGGACGGACCAGCGCUUUCGAGAACCGGGUUCCAGGAUGAUGAAGAUCGGGCGACUGAGAAGGAAACGAGCGAAGGGCCGUGCAUCAUGGGAUGGACGGAUAUUGGCGUCGGCGUCGAUCCGCCGGGACCGUUCUCGAAGCUCCCAAAAUCUAUGACCCAGCGCGUCGGCGACGCCGUUCUCGGGACCACGCUGCGCAUUCUGUCUAGCGUCUUCGUGGGCGGUUUGGCGCGAGAUUACCAAAGGUGGGCGUACGACGAGGACUACAGGCUCGGUCGCGUGAAGUAG